UGUUCCAAACAAAGAAAAAACUCUGCCAAAACUGUCUAUUCCCAUUAUCUCUGCUAGUAUUUCAAACUCCAAAAUCUUCUUUUGGCUGCUCUUUUCACUUCCAUUCUAGCUCCUCAAAAAUGGAAAUUUGUGUUUAAUAUCAAUCAAUAAGAUCAACAGGGUUUUUCCUUCUUUAUUAUUAUUGUUAAUUUUUUUUUAUUUUUUGUUCUCUUCUUGACUGUUUUGUUUUUCAUAUCAACAGCGACAUGUGCCUGAAAAGUAGACUUAUCUGCUAGCUAGCUGAAAGAAUUAUAACAAGCCACCAAAGUUUCAGUUCUUUCACUUGUCUACAUUUCAACUUCGAUCUCUCUCUCUAUUUCUUUCUUUUUUCUUUGUUAGGACUGUCUUAUGGUCACUCAAAAAAGGGUUUUUAUCAUCACCCCACAAGGAAGGGAAACCCUAGUUCGGAUCGGUAGUUGUUGAAAGAAAGGGCAAAAGAAGAGAAGCAUCACAUCAGGACCACACCAUCACGGCAAAGACCAACACACCUUUUUUUUAUAUUCCUAAUUUGAUAAAAUUCGAGAAGAGUUUUAUAGUUGUAGACGAGACCUAUUAAAAACUGUGCUCUCUCCAUGGAUUCAAUUCGAAAAAUGGAUAGCUUCAACUCCGGAAACGCCACCCUUAUCAACGUAAGCAAUAAGGGUGCCACUACGCUUGCAUCCUCGUCUUCUUCAACCUCAAGCCGCUACGAGAACCAAAAGCGCCGUGACUGGAACACCUUUGGGCAGUACCUGAAGAAUCAUAGGCCUCCACUUUCCCUCUCCAGGUGUAGUGGAGCUAACGUCAUGGAAUUCCUUCGCUACCUUGACCAAUUUGGCAAAACCAAAGUCCACAGCCCGAUCUGCCCCUUCUAUGGCCACCCAAACCCUCCGGCCCCUUGCCCAUGCCCACUCCGUCAAGCCUGGGGUAGCCUCGAUGCUCUCAUCGGACGCCUCCGAGCUGCCUUUGAAGAAAAUGGAGGAAAACCUGAAACAAAUCCAUUUGGGGCACGAGCUGUGAGGCUUUAUCUUCGUGAGGUUCGUGAUUUGCAGUCAAAAGCACGAGGGAUUAGCUAUGAGAAGAAGAAGAAGCGUAAGCGACCACUAGCUCAACAAAUUCCCACUCUCUCACUUCCACCACCACCACCAGGUGCAAGUUAAAUAUGCAUCAGCAAAACCCCAUAUGCAAGCAGUUUACAUGUGACCAAAUGUUUCUCCCUGAUUGCUACUUGCUUGAUCUUUGUGGGGUAUUUUCUUUAUUUUUGCCAUCUGUUAUAGUAUAUUUUUUAGGGUAGUAUUACCUUUCUAUGCUUUCUGUUUGCUGCUGGAGUGGUGAAAACUGUUAAUGCUUUAGAGAUUUGGGGAUUCGUUGAAUCUCCUUUUGAUGCAAACAGUGUUAGUAUCCACAGUAUUCGACUAGUAGCAGUAGUAGUAGCAGUACUAAACAAAGUCAUUCUAGGAGUGAUUAUUGUACUAGCAGUUUUUGCCUAAGUGGAACUGAGAGCAUCUAGUUGCUCAUGGUUUUUAUGUACCCUGAACAUUCAUGUAUGCAAAACCAUAUAUAUUAGCAGUUUAUCUGUCUUCAUCUCUCUGUAUCUCUCUUGCCAUUAAGCCCGUUUUCUUUCCAAUUCUUUAAUGGGUGUAUUGGCAAUUCCGCUCACUGCUGUUAAAAGAGCUGGAAAGAACUUUACAUGAGGAUCAUGUGUCAGAUUUGUCUAGCACAAAUGCACUAUAGUUGUUUAAUGGCUUUGUUGCAGACGGUAGUCUGUUCUCACCUCUAGCUCUGCCAGUCGUUGUUUUUCUGACUUCCCCUUUCUCUCCUCUCUCUUUUGUGUUGACACUUUUAAUCUUACUGCUUUACCGUCUGGAAAUUAAUCAAUACAAAGAACAACAUCAAUUUAAAAAAAUUUUUAAGCCAAAAUUUAUUAAAUCAAUAGAAAAAUUACAACGCUAGCAUUAGCUAAUAGUGUUUCAGUACAAACGCAAAUUAAGCAACUAAGAUCAUCUGAAUCGUGGACAUGCAAUGAAAGAACACCCCAGCA